UCUGCUACAUACCACGAAACUAGCUGCCCAACAGAAAGCAGAAACCUCAGACUGCGCAUUGUUUCAUGUUUUGACUGUCUUGUUAAUGACUCCGAAGUUCGAGUUGAAUCUAAUGCCUGAACGUUUGUUUGUGCCACUCGAAGAAUGACUUUGCAAACAGGCAAUGGCACUGCGAUGGUUAUGGAUGUUAGCACCGUGGAGAGGAGGUUGGAACCCACGCUCAAAGUCACCCGGACAAGCUCUAGAGGAGGAACGACAUGUUCGAGCCAAUGAUCGCGACUACAAUGAGAGGUUCAGUUAUGCUGACAAUCGCAUCAAGACAGCAAAAUACAACGUUUUCACCCUCCUGCCUAUUAACUUGUUCGAGCAGUUCCAACGUUUUGCGAACGCCUACUUCCUAGUGCUGCUGAUACUGCAGUUAAUCCCAGAAAUCUCCUCUCUUUCGUGGUUCACCACCAUUGUGCCUUUGGUGUUGGUGUUGGCUAUCACAGCUGUCAAAGAUGCUACCGAUGACUAUUUCCGCCAUAAAAGUGAUCAACAAGUCAACACCCGGCAGUCUCAGGUACUCAUCAAAGGAAAAUUGCAGAAUGAGAAAUGGAUGAAUGUACGAGUGGGUGAUAUCAUCAAACUUGAGAACAAUCAGUUUGUUGCUGCUGACCUUCUCCUCCUCUCUAGCAGUGAGCCCUAUGGACUGUGCUAUAUCGAGACUGCAGAGCUUGAUGGAGAGACCAACCUGAAGGUGCGCCAAGCCUUGACUGUGACCUCAGACCUCGGGGACGAUGUUGCGAAGCUUGCAGACUUCAAUGGGGAAGUCAUCUGCGAGCCGCCCAACAACAAACUGGACAAGUUCACAGGGACUCUGUACUGGAAAGAUAACAAGUACCCACUGGACAACGAGAAGAUGCUCCUGAGAGGCUGCGUUCUCCGUAACACAGAGUGGUGUUUCGGCUUGGUUAUCUUCGCAGGACUUCAAACCAAGCUGAUGCAAAACUGUGGGAGGACGAAGUUCAAACGGACCAGCAUUGAUAAACUGAUGAACACCUUAGUUCUGUGGAUCUUUGGAUUUCUCAUUUGUAUGGGGAUCAUAUUAGCUAUUGGAAACACUAUUUGGGAGCAGAAAGUAGGCAGCCACUUUUGGGAGUAUCUUCAGUGGAAGGAACUCACCAUUAAUGCAUUCUUCUCUGGCUUCCUGACCUUCUGGUCCUACAUUAUCAUCCUUAACACUGUCGUACCCAUCUCACUAUAUGUUAGCGUAGAAGUUUUGCGGCUGGGACAUAGUUACUUUAUAAACUGGGACAGACGAAUGUACUACAGCCCUAAGGACACUCCUGCAGAGGCGCGGACUACCACCCUCAACGAGGAGCUGGGCCAGGUGGAGUUCAUCUUCUCAGAUAAAACAGGCACCCUCACCCAGAACAUCAUGGUGUUUAAUAAGUGCUCCAUCAAUGGGAAGACCUACGGUGAUGUUUAUGAUGAGUUUGGGCAUAAAGUGGAUAUUACAGAGAAAACACCAUGUGUAGAUUUCUCCUUCAACCCUCUGAUGGACCGGAAAUUCCGUUUUCAUGACAGCAGCUUGGUUGAAGCCAUCAAACUAGAAGAGCCUCUGGUGCAGGAAUUCUUCCGUCUGUUAGCGCUCUGCCACACCAUCAUGCCAGAAGAGAGAAAUGAGGGGGAACUGGUGUAUCAGGCUCAAUCUCCGGAUGAAGGAGCCCUGGUUACUGCUGCACGGAACUUUGGCUUCGUUUUUCGGUCCAGAACACCAGAAACCAUCACUUUAUAUGAGAUGGGUCAAGCGGUCACCUAUCAGCUGCUGGCCAUCUUAGACUUCAACAAUGUACGGAAGAGAAUGAGCGUUAUUGUGAGGAACCCAAAGGGGCAGUUAAAGCUUUACUCAAAAGGAGCCGACACAGUACUCUUCGACAGGCUGGACCCGUCUAAUGAAGAGCUUAUGUCUACUACCUCAGAGCACCUUAAUGAGUUUGCUGGGGAGGGUUUGAGAACAUUAGCGCUGGCGUACAAAGACCUGGAUGAAGACGUGUUUGAUGAAUGGAUGAAGAAACUGCUGUUUGCCAGCACAGCACUGGAGAACAGAGAAGAAAAACUUGGGGCUCUGUAUGAAGAAAUAGAGCAGGGCAUGUUGCUGCUUGGCGCCACAGCAAUUGAGGACAAACUUCAGGAAGGAGUUCCAGAGACUAUUGCCUGUCUGACUUUAGCUAACAUCAAGAUCUGGGUGCUCACUGGGGACAAGCUAGAGACAGCAAUAAACAUUGGCUACUCCUGUAACAUGCUCAGAGACGACAUGAACAAGGUGUUUAUAAUCUCAGGUCACACCACGCUUGAAGUUCAACAGGAGCUCAGGACAGCUAAAGAGAUAAUCACGGGUCCCAGCAAAGACAUAUUCAGCAGUGGCCUUGACAUGGAUAAGACAGAAUUGCAUUCAAGUGACUCUGUCUUUGAAGAGACCAUCAUCGCGGAGUACGCUUUAAUCAUCAACGGACAUAGUUUGGCUCAUGCCCUGGAGGCAGACCUGGAGCAGAUCCUAGUGGACGUGGCGUGUCUGUGUAAGACAGUCAUCUGCUGUCGGGUCACUCCACUGCAGAAAGCUCUGGUGGUCGAGCUCAUAAAGAGACACAAGAGAGUCGUCACUCUCGCCAUCGGAGACGGAGCCAAUGACGUCAGUAUGAUCAACACGGCCCACAUUGGCGUGGGCAUCAGCGGACAGGAGGGGAUGCAGGCAGUGUUGGCCUCUGAUUAUUCCUUCGCCCAGUUUUGCUACUUGCAGCGCCUCCUGCUCGUCCACGGCCGCUGGUCCUAUCACCGCAUGUGCAACUUCCUCUGCUACUUCUUUUAUAAGAACUUUGCCUUCACACUGGUUCAUUUCUGGUACGGAUUCCUCUGUGGAUUCUCUGCCCAGACGGUAUAUGACCAGUGGUUCAUCACACUCUUCAACAUUGUCUACACCUCACUUCCUGUUUUGGCCAUGGGUCUGUUUGACCAGGAUGUGAAUGAGCAGUACAGUUUACGCUUUCCAAACCUGUACAGACCUGGGCAACUAAACCAGCUGUUUAACAAGAGGAAGUUCUUCACCUGUACACUGCAGGGGGUCUGUACUUCUUUUAUCCUCUUCUUCAUCCCUUACGGAGCCUUCAUGAGUGCUGUGCGAGAUGACGGCGCCCACAUCUCUGAUCAACAGGCUUUCGCCGUAACCAUAUCAACCUCUUUGGUCAUUGUGGUCAGUGUUCAGAUUGGGCUUGACACCAACUACUGGACCGCUGUGAACCAUUUCUUUAUCUGGGGAAGUCUAGCUGUUUACUUUGCAAUCCUUUUUGCAAUGCACAGCAAUGGCAUUUUUACCAUAUUCCCAAACCAGUUUCCUUUCAUAGGUACCGCACGUAACUCUCUGAAUCAGAAGACUGUGUGGCUGGUCAUCCUCCUCACCACAGUCGUGUGUAUAAUGCCCAUGGUGGCUGUCCGGUUCAUCAAGGCUGACCUCUAUCCAACACAGACUGAUAAGGUGCGUUUACUUCAGCAGGCCACUAGGAGGCAGGGUCCUCAAGAGCAGAACUUCAGGAGAGUCCGCAGGACGAGUUCUCGGCGCUCGGCGUACGCUUUCGCCCACCAGCAGGGAUACGGAGAGCUCAUCACCUCCGGCAAGAACAUGAAGGUACCCACCACCUCCACUUCCACAUACCCACUAUCCUCGCCCACAAGAGGCCCCGCCGGCACCAGCUCGGUGAACAACAGCUGGGUAAAUGACACAACCAGAGACCAGACAGAGACCUACAGCACUGGAUUUAGGAGGGAAAGUGACCAAAAUCAAGAGGUAACAGUGGAAGACUUGGAGGCCAGAUAAAGGAGCGUUUUAUUCUUCUUUUACAGAAGGAGUUAGCGCCUGUCUUUAAUGUGAGAAAAUGAUAAUAGAUUGUGAACAGACACACUCUUGGUCACGACUAGACUAUGGGAGGGGUAGACAUGCACAGGAGACUCCAAAGAGCCAGCACAAUGAAGCACAGAUAACACUCAUUUUCUCAUGCAAAUCUGCUCCCAAAAGGCAUGCAUUUGAAUUUGAAAAUGAACCUCAGAUUCAUUUUUGAUUUCAUUUUGUGGUAUCACCUCUUCUGGCAUGAAUUCAAGUUCUAUGUUUUCUCAGAAACGUUUUUUUUAAUAUUUUGAGAUUUAGGAACUUCCUUUUAUGCAUUUGCAUUGAAGAUUGUUUCCAACACAGGAUAACAAAAUUAAAAAACGUAAUCGUGACUCAAAAAAAAAAGAAAAAA